CCAGGAAAUAUUAUGUGUCUUUUACCCGGUUCAGUCUGUACACAGAGAUAAUUAUAUUGAUUGUUUUGGGGCGUUACACUUUAGAAUACUUUAGAUCUAAUAUAAAGUUUAGAUCACAUUUAAAGAUGAUAAUCUGUUAAGCCUAAUUCAGUGAACUACAAAAAAAAAACAAAGCACAAUGGCUGGAGCACAAGAUGUUUGGAAAAUUAGUGGAGAGGAUAGAUCAAAGCAUGAUGCACAGUUUUUCCAGUUAAAACCAGUCAAUGGAUUUAUUACUGGUACACAAGCCAGGGACUUUUUUGUCCAAUCUGGAUUACCAACUCCAGUACUGGGUCAAAUAUGGAUGCUGGCAGACAUGAAUGGCGAUGGUAAAAUGGAUAAAAAAGAAUUCUCUAUAGCUAUGCAUUUGAUAAAGAAAAAACUUCAGGGGUAUGAACUGCCUAAAGUUCUUCCUGCGUCACUUAAACUAGAUCCCUCUCCAUUGAUAGGAUCUUUUGCUCAACCUGCAAUGGUGAUGCCACCAAAUACAGGCUUUGCUGUCCCAGGUAUGACACUUCCAAUGGUGCCUGGGAUGAUGCCGCAGGCCUCAUUAGGAACAGCUACCAUGACAACAGGCUCCUUAAGCAUGGGUCCUCGAAUGGCCAAUGGAGCUAUAGGAUCAAUAUUACCAACUGGAAGUAUUGGGGGCCUUCCAAUGUCAGUUGCUCCUGUCACAACUGCUUCACCAGCUGGUGGUAGCAUAUGGGCAAUGCCUUACAAUAACAAGUUAAAACAUACACAGACAUUUAAUACCAAUGACCGUAAUAAAAGAGGAUAUCUUUUGGGUGUUGAAGCAAGGGCGAUAUUGAUGCAGUCUGGCCUCCCGCAACCAGUCUUGGCACAAAUAUGGACAUUGUCUGACAUUGAUAGAGAUGGGAAGUUGACUUGUGAUGAGUUCUGUAUAGCCAUGCAUUUAUCUGAACUGGCCAGAUUGGGUCAUAGCCUGCCUCCUGCUCUGCCCAGUGAGCUUAUUCCUACUAAAGCAAGGUCUGGUAGUUUGACUUCACCACCAACAUCUGCAGGAACUCCUAAACAAGAUGCUUUCGGAGAUCUGUUAACAAGUGCAGGUAUGGCACCUGUUUCAGCAACACCAUCACAACCUACAGAAGACCUAGACAGUAAAGUUACUUUAGAAGACAAAAGAAAAGAAAAUUUUGACAAAGGUCAGGCAGAGCUUGAAAGGAGAAGAGCAUUAUUGAGAGAACAACAACAAAAAGAUGAAAAUGAAAGACUUGAAAAAGAAAGACUUGAGGCAGAAAAACGGGAAAGACAAAGACUAGAAGCUGAAAGCCGCAGACAAGCAGAAUUACAAAAACAGUUGGAAAAACAAAGAGAGAAAGAACGGGAAAUUGAAGAACAAAGACGAAAAAUGAUGGAACAAAGAGAAGCAGCUCGAAGGGAACUAGAGCGUCAGAGACAGAUGGAAUGGGAAAAACAGAGAAAGGAACAAUUGAUGGCAGAAAAGCAAAGAGAAUACGAACAACUUAGCAUUCUUAAAUCCCAAAUGGCUAACUUAAAAAAUGAGCUAGAAUCUCUGGAUACUAAAAAGGCAGAGCUAACACAAAAAAUUACCCAAGUUCAAAAAGGUGUCACUGAUUUUACAUCCAGUAUAGAUGCUAUGAGAGUAUCCAGAGAUCAAACACUGGCUGAUAUUGAUAAGUUUGAAAGACAAUCGUUGGAGCUAAAUAAGAAAAUGAAACUGUUGUACGGUGAAAAAGAAUCAUUAAACAUUCAAGUACAGACAGCACAGGCUACACCAUUAUCUGAUACUCAUAAAACAGUAGUUCACAGUGUUGAGACAAAAAGAACAAGCAUACAGCAGUUAAAGAAAGAGGUUGAACAGCUAGAGAGUGAUACAGAGGCCAGGCUGGGAGAAAUAGAUUGCAAUAAUGCUGAAUUAAGGAAUUUAAAAGAACAGUUAGCAAAACUAGAAAGAGAUUUACCACUUUUACAAAAGCAGCAAGAAGAAAAGCAAAAGAAGGCAGCUUUAGAACUUCAAAAACAAAAGGCUGAGAAAGAACGUCAGGAUAAGUUAAGACAGGAUAUAAGCCAACAGUUAAAGAAGUCAACAGCAGCUUCAGUGACAAAGCCAGCUACAUCAAAUUCUCAGCCUGGUUGGGCUGACUUUGCUGUCUCAGAAGGCACCAAGUCAGCCAAUUCUGAUGUUAGCUGGGAACCAGCUUUUUCUGGUGGGAGUACUACUUUGAAUUGGGAUUUAAAUGGUGGAGUUUCUUCAGCAUCAUCAUCCAAUAAAAUCAAGUACCGCGUAUUGUAUGAUUUUCAAGCCACCAGAGAAGAUGAAUUGUCUAUUGUGGCUGGUACAGAACUUUUGGUCUUGGGUGAUUACACCCCUAUACCUGGAAUGGAAGACUGGCAUAAAGGAGAGUAUGGAGGGAAAGUUGGUUGGUUUCCAAAGGCAUAUGUUGAGAGGCUGGAUGAACCAUCAGCAGAUUUAUUUGGCAGUGCUUUUGAGUCCGUGCUUCCUGUGACUGCUCCAAAAACUGAUGCAGUGUCUACAGAUCUAUUUGAUUCUGUAUUUAGUCAACCAAGUGCAAUACAACCUUUAACUGCUGCUUUUGAUAACACACCAUCAUCGUCCUCAUCUAGUAAGAUUUUACAAGAACCUUUAUUAGCAAAGGCAAUUUACCCAUGGAAGGCCAGACAAGAGACAGAUUUAACAUUUAACAAAGAUGAUGUCAUUCUAGUCAAAGAACAAGAUGAUAUGAAAUGGUUUGGAGAACUCAAUGGAAAAAGUGGUUGGUUUCCUAAAGCUUAUGUCAAGCUUACUGGGUUAGCUCCUAAAACAAGUCCAUCAAAUGAAAAUGGUGCUGUGAAUCAAGUAAAAAGUAUUGCUAACACAAGUUCUGAAACACAAGGAGAACUUUAUGUGGCAAUGUACUCAUACACAUCAGAUGAGCCUGCUGAUUUGAAUUUCAAUGAAGGAGACAUCAUUACUGUUACUGUCACAAGUGGGAAUGGAGAUUGGUGGACAGGAAACAUUGAUGGAAGAAGUGGAAUAUUUCCAUCAAAUUAUGUGAAAAAACUAGAUAUUCAGCUCAGUAGUGCAGAUACCGCUUUAAAUAGUCAAUCUGACUUAGUCCUGAAAAAUGAAACAAGCUUUUCAACAUCAAACUUAACAGAUGAUUUUUUUAGCCCCUCAAAUCAGAUGCCAGAAAUUUUUCCCGAGAUUCAAACCGGAGACUUUGGAUUUGAUAAUUUUUGUUCAACACCUUUGAGCACAAACAACAUGCUUCCCGAUACUUUCAAUUUUGAUUUGCCACAAAAAAAUGCCUCAGUCAUACACAGCCUCAGUUCAAGCCAUGAUGAUAUAUUAGCUGAGUUUGGUCCCUCUUUAGCAUCUGCACCUGCAGAAAGUCUAAAGAAAAGUUCAAGCAUGGGUGAUUUGUUGGAUUUAACUGCAGAUAUUUUGGGAUCAACAGAUAACUUUGCUGGUCUAAAUGUAUUUGGUUCAAAUCCAGGCUAUACAGAGCUGAUGAAAAAUAGCAGUUUCAUUGAUUCCUUUAAGAAACCAGCUGACCUAAUGGCUAAAACUAGUUUUGUUGACCAUCUAAAACCAAGUCUUAGUUUACCUGAUAUUUUGGACUUUGAAGAUAACUCCACAUCCAGUAGUGAUUUAAAUGACAUCUUUGCUUUUGGCCAGCAAAGUUCAAGCUCAAUAUUUGGCAAUUUAUCUGGAAAAACUAAGGCUGCACCACCACCACCUAGUGCUAGGAAGUCCAUUCCAGUACCUUCUGAUACGACAUCUCCUGAACAAAAGAGUGUCAAAAAGCCAGAAAUUGCUAGAGUUAUUGCACCUUAUGUUGCUACAGGAACAGGCCAGCUAAGUUUAGAAACUGGAAAUUUGAUACAUGUUCGCCAGAAAAGUCCCCGUGGUUGGUGGGAAGGAGAAUUACAGGUAAGGGGACAGAAAAAGAAGAUUGGAUGGUUUCCAGCUAAUUAUGUUCAGCUUUUGGGAGCUUCUAGUGCCAGAUCUACUCCUGAACCAAGUGCUGCUGGAGCAACAGCAUUGACGGUUAGUUCAUAUGGCAGCCGCUCUGCUACGCCUCAAGGGAACCUAGAAAGUACAACAAACAGUCAGUUGGAAACAGUAGUAGCACUGUAUGCCUAUGCUGCACAAAAUGAGGAUGAGCUGACCUUCCAAAAAGAUGCUGUCAUUACAGUUUUAAAUAGAGAGAACCCUGACUGGUGGACUGGUCAAUAUGAGGGCAAGACUGGAGUGUUUCCAUCCAACUAUGUCACCCCUAAUCCACAAUCUCAGUCAUGGAUGAAUGAUACACAGGGUGCUCUAACAAAGGAUGAACGAAAGCGUCAACAAGCUAUACAAGAACUGAUAAACACUGAAGAAUCAUAUAAUGCUGAUAUGCAGAUAGCUUUAGAGGUUUUUAAAAAACCCAUGAUCAGUAACAACAUUGCCCCAAAAGAGAAAGUUAAUCAAAUAUUCAUUAACUGGGAAGAAUUAAUUGUAUGUAAUAAGAAACUAUUACAAGCACUUCGUGUUAGAAAGAAAAUGUGUGGUAAGAAUGGAGUUAUAGUCAGUAUUGGGGAUAUUCUUUGUGAAAGUCUGCCCCACAUGAAUCCUUACAUGCGUUUUUGUAGUUGUCAAUUGUCUGCUGCUGCUGCUUUACAGAAAAUUUCAGAAUCUAGUCCAACUUUUGUACAAUUUCAUAAGUUGUGUAUGCAGAAUCCUAAAGUCAAAGGUAUUCACUUAAGUGGUUACUUGUUAAAACCUAUGCAGAGAAUUACUCGAUAUCCUUUACUUAUAGAGAAAAUUUUAAGUUGCACUCCACCUGAUCAUGCAGAUCGAACUAAUUUAGAAGAAGCUCUUACCAUGGCUCAAGAACUUUGUAGUCAAGCCAACCAGUGUGUGAAGGAAAAACAAAAUUCUGAUAGUUUAGAAUGGAUUCAGUCCCAUGUACAUUGUGAUGGUUUAGCUGAGAAUAUAGUUUUUAAUUCCUUGACUAAUUGCAUGGGACCAAGGCGACUUCUUUUUCAUGGAAUAUUAUACAAGGCUAAAAGCAAUAAAGAAUUAGUUGGUUUCUUAUUCAACGACUUUUUGAUGUUGGCUCAAACCUCUCGUCCUUUAGGAUCAAGUUUUAGUACAAUACACUUGUUUGAUACGAAUACGCAGUUUAAAAUGUAUCGUCUUCCAGUGUUUCUAAAUGAAAUUAAUGUAACAAAACCUGGAGAUGAUAGUGAACCUUGUCUGUUUCGUAUUACUAGUGAUAGGCUGAUUAGUCUCAAGGCUGUCUCUGCUGUUGAGAGAGAUACAUGGGUCAGAGAAAUAGAGAAUGCAUCUAAACAGUAUAAAGAUAAAGCCAAGAGAAAACUUGAGAGAGCUCAUUCAGUAUUGCGUGCAAAACCAAUUGGCAGAGUUCUUGUGGUUGUGGAAGAAGGGUUGGGUUUAAGGCCAGCACUUGAUGGUGUGAAGAAUCCUAAUGGUCGAAUACUUGUAGUGAUUCAAGAGGCUUGUCAUCUGAAAGCCUCAGAUGCCAAUGGUCAAAGUGACCCCUAUUGUGAAGUAAGUAUGGGUUCUCAAGAACACAGAACAAAAGUUAUUCCUGGAACACUUAACCCAAGGUGGAAUGCAUCAAUGCAGUUUAUGAUUAGAGAUGUGGAUCGAGAUACACUUUGCUUCACUGUUUAUGACAGAGAUCUAUAUUCACCAAAUGACUUCCUGGGCCGCACUGAAGUGCGAAUUAAAGAUGUCUUAACAGAAAGUGGUGAGAGGCGAGGGCCGAUAACUAAAAGACUUAUUCUCCAUGAGGUUGAAACUGGUGAAAUUAUUGUUAAGUUAGACUUACUAUUAUUUGAAUCCUGAGAUUUAACUCUUUUUAAAUAUUAUUUUUUAAAACAUUCCAAGAACAAAAUUAUCCAAUGGUUUUGUUUGUUGAGAAAUACAUUUCAAAAGUGUAGUUUUAGCUCUUCUACAAAGAAGCAUAAAUAAUAUAUGCUUUGAAUAAAUAAGGAUUUUUGUUUUAACCUGUGCCUGUUAGGUAUAGAAAAUAAAAUCACUAGUUUUUAAAGAUAGUAUUUCAAGAAUUCAUCUAUAUUUUUAUUUUUCUUAUAACAAAUAUUCACAGUUUUUUCAAUUCCUAUUGUGUUUGAUUCUAUUGUAAAUUAUCUCUGAUAUUGCUAUCAAUUUAUAAUUCAGUUUUUAGAUAUUUGUUUAUAACAUAUAACAGUAUUGUUAAACUUUGAAGCUGUUGGCAGAAGACACUGUUCCUGUAUCUGAGUGGGGAUGAACUUGUUAUGUAAUAGUCUCUACUAAACAAAAAAAUAAGUAAGCACACUGAUUAAUUAAAUUCAAUGAAAUUUUUAAAAGACUUCUGUGAAUGGAAUUUUAUGGACAGGACAUGUUUAUGCUAAUUAACCUGUUACAGUUGCAGACAGUGAACUAUAUAAUUGAAAGAUUGUCUUGUUUUUUUUUUAUUUUCUUUCGCAAUCAGAAGAAUUAACAGAAUUAACCCACAUAUUAUCUUUUUUUUCAUUUUAUUUCAUAUAUUUCAUUUCAUUAUGUAAGAUUAUCUUUUCAAGUAAGAAAACUCUAAGAAUAAAAUUACAAUAUUAGUCAUGAAGUACUAUUUGCAAAGAACAUAUUGUUUAUAGGAAUAAAGGUUUGAUUAAAUAGAUGAAGUCAUUUUCAAUAUAAAAUUUAUUAUAUCAUUCUAUGUAUACAAACUUGACAUUUCAUUUCAAUGAUGAGUCAUAAAUGCUAGGUAUGUGUUGAGUAUCAUCUUAUUAAUGGCAAUACCUUUUGCUUCAACACCUUGUUGUGUUCAUGUGAUUAUCAUCAAUAUUAUUAUAGGACUCAACUGCAUCAUUUUUUUUUUCAUUUCAAAACUGACAAACAUAUGUAGUAUUUUUUUUUGUCUUUCAUUUUUGUUUAUAACACCACAAUUGUAAAUAGUACAUGUACAGUGCAUAGUUUAGAUAACUAUUAAAAAUGUGAAAUAUUUUCAUGAGCUGGUUAGAUGUCAUAAAGAUGACAUCUAAAUACCUGUUAAUUCAAUAGGGUAAUACAAAUUGAAUUUGCAAUCAUGCUAAAAGUGUUUUUUUUAGAAUGUUUGAAUUUACAUAUUUCUUUUUACCAUGACAAAGUUUUUUUUUAAUGCGUAAUUAAUUUUAAAAAUCAUGUUUCAUGUAGAAGUCUAUGCAUCAUACAUUAUUUUUACUUACAUUUUAUACAUCAACAGAAUAUGAAUCCUUUUAUAGAAGGAAAAUAGAGGGGAAUGAGGGUUAACAUGUGCUUACUAGAUCUGAGAAACAAUCAUGUGCAUCUAUUUUUACAUCAUUUUAUGUAGUCCUUACAUACAGUCUCUGUAAUAAAAAUAUAUUUCUUUCUACAUGCCGUACUUAUUUUAUUUUUUUUGGGCCACAACCAGAUCUGACUUGUGCUGUUGUCACAUUCCAAUUUAAUAUUCUCCUUUUUCUAUACCUUAAGAAAAAAGGGAGGGGGGAAGCAUUUUGACAUUAUGCAGACAUUUUUUUUCUAUGUUCUAAAAGACUUGAAUUUAUAAUUUUUCAUUUGUAUAAUGAAAUUUUUAUUGAUAUGAUUUUUUUUCAGCCUACUAAAUUUGUUAAGACUUCACUGGUUUCUAAUUUUGAAAGAUUAUCUCACUAUUUGCCAUUAAGGAUUGUUUCACACACUUUAGAUUUUAUUUUGAAAAGCUAAGUAGCUUUUAGAAAACUAAUCAGUCUUUUUUUUGGGUUAUUGCUUAAAUUAUGUUUUAAAACAAUUAAAAUGAUAAAAAUGAAAGUACAUCAAGUGUAUUAUUUAGCUCUGCUAAAAUCAACAUAGUUUCCAACAUAGUAUUUGUAUACUAUACAGAAAUUAUAUUUCAUAUUUUUUAGAUAUUUUGUAUCAACAUUCUAGGAUUUCAUUAAAUAAAUGUUUAUUAUCAAAAUAUCAAGAUUCUAUUUCUUUCUAUUCUCUUUUUUAUUUGUUUUUGUUUUAAUCUUAUCUUUGUUUUGUAAUGAUGGUUUUGAAAAUGUGAUUAGGCUAACUUUUGUUAAAAAUACAUUUACAAAGUUGCAACUUUUUUUUCUACUUCAGUUCAAGAAAAAAAAAUGUUGUUGCUAGAGAUGACAUCAGUUUUUAUUGGGGGAAUUUAAGGUUCACACUUUUUCCUUGUUUUGUUUUUCAAAAAAAUAUUAUCUUUGCUAUUUAAUGUGUUUAAAUGUCAUUAUCUGUAGUUCACAUCAGGAGAAUUUUAUAACCUAGUCCUUAAUUGAUGUAUGUUUUCAGCCUAAAUUCUUAUGUUGUGUUUGCUUUAGUUGGUUUAUAUCUCUGUGCAGUAUCUGAUCAGGGUUACAGUAAGCACCUAUAGCUAAAUAUUUCACCAAUUAAUAUUUAGAACAUUCACAGACACUAGCUUGUAGUUUGCCCAAUUAUGUUACUCACUGCUAAAAAAAAAAAAGGGGUAUUUAAAAAAAAAUUAGGUUAUGAUAAGUUAUAAUAGCAUUAAAUUUAAGUGGACAAUGUGAAUAGGACAUAGGAAUUUCAUGAUUAUUGUUUUCUAUUGCUCUUCCCUUUUGUUUCUCUCAAACAAAAGUUUAUGAUCUACAUAACAAUUCAUCAGGGUCACAGUUUUAAGAAGAUAGUAAAAAUACUGUUUAUUUUCUGUACUAAUAAAAUGUGAACACUUGUUUUGUUACAAUAGUUCUUUAAUAUAAAACCUGGUGUAGUCAGGGUUUUCCUCUUACCAUUAUUUUAAAUCAAUCUUUGUACAAAUUUAGCAUUGAACCUUUUAUCUCAUUUAUAUUUUAUGUCAUAUUUUCCCAAGUAAUAAUCUUGUCCAGAAUUUCUUUGAAGCCUACAGCUUGAUUUGCCCUAGUAACAAUAAUAAAAUUUAUUUUUUUAGUGAAACAUUAUGGAUGUAAACAUUCAAAAGGGUGUUUAUAUCAAUUGAUGUUUUUAAAGAACGAAAAUGAAGGUCUUAUUAUUAUUAUUAUUAUUGAAGGUUAUGCUUCAACAUUUCUAUAUUAACUAUAUAUAUAUAUUUUAUUGUUAUUUAAGCUGUGAUAACUCCGAGGUUUUAGCAGUUUACUUUGCUAGGUAGGCAUACAUAUUGAAGUUCUUGUUACUAGUUGUUACAAUGUAUUUGAAUUGUUGAACUUGUUCAAUUGUUAUUAUUUCACUGUUUUUGUAUUUGUUUUUUUUUUUAUCAAACUUUGCUUAUUUCUUUAGUGAUUGAAAUCCUGUAUUAUGAAUGUAAUUGUACAUGUUACUAAGCUUCAAAAGGACAAAAGAAUUGUGCUUAAUUGGAAACAAUAAAAUCCCUAUAAUGACUAAA